AUGACCAUGACCCUUAUUAAACCUGUCAAACCUACUUCGCUUUUUGCUGCUGUGUUUACGCAAAAUGCAUUUCCUGGAGCUCCAGUUCUUGUGGGUCGCAAGCGUCUGCAUGAGACAAAGCUCGGCGCGAUCCUUGUCAAUAACAAAAUUUCUAAUGUCUGCGCAAGCGGUGGUGGGGUAGCUGAUGCAGAAGAAGUUUGUGAACAUCUUGCCAAACACCUUAGACUUGAAGGAGGAUCCCAAGUGCUGCCAUGUUCCACAGGCGUCAUUGGCUGGCGAAUUCCUGUGGAUGCCAUGGUCGAGAAUCUCCCAAAGCUUGUUAAUAAUUUACAAUCUGAUUCGGUAUUACCAGCUGCUGAGGGUAUCAUGACAACCGACUUGUAUCCAAAAAUCCGUUCCGUGGACGUAUGUGGUGGUCGUAUUGUUGGGAUCGCUAAAGGUGCUGGGAUGAUUGAACCGAACAUGGCUACCAUGUUAUCGUAUAUUCUCACUGAUUUAUCGAUUCCGCGUGAUGUGCUGCGUCAGCUACUGACUGAUGUUGUGGGUGAUACGUACAAUUCCCUUAGUAUAGACACAGAUCAAAGCACGUCUGACACGGUGACGCUCGUGUCGUCCGACCAAAUUCCAUUUGACAUCAAGCAGUUGAAUGAGUUUAAAGAAGCGUUGCACGCCGUGUGUCUUGGGUUAAGUGAAGACAUUGUACGCAACGGUGAAGGUGCGCACCACGUUAUGCGAGUGCGCGUGAGUGGCGCACUAUCGAAGGAUAUGGCUAAAGGAGUUGGCAAAUCGGUUGUAAACUCACCUCUGCUCAAAUGUGCAGUGGCUGGCAAUGAUCCAAACGUGGGUCGUCUCGUCAUGGCUGUAGGUAAGUACAUGGGUCUACACCACAAGGACGUGAACAUUCAGCGACAUAUGAAGAUUCGAAUGGGUGGCGUUUUGAUUUUUGAAAACGGUGAAAUGGUACUCAACAACGACAUUGAAGCGAAACUUGUGGCGCACAUGCGCGAUGCAAUGCUGAUUGAGCCUACGCGCGGUGGUUUGGACGCAAGCUCGCACAAUUAUCCGCCACAUGGAAAGUUUGUCGAGAUUAAUAUUGACUUGGGAGUUGGUUCUGAAGAGACACAAGUACUAGGAAUUGACUUGACGCACGAGUACGUGGCCAUAAACGCCGACUACCGUUCGUAG